AUGGCGACCUUUACUCCAAUCACUUGGGUAAUUAACACAGUAUUGGGACAAUUUGAACAAGAUCCUGAUAAUUGUGAAGAAAAUCGUCAUAUCGUGGAAUGGUUAACGCCCAUUCGAUCAGAUGCAACUCACUACGAUACCAUUUCGAAACGCACACCGGGAACUGGAGAGUGGGUUUUGUGUUCCACACAAUUCAAGGAGUGGAUAUCCGGACAAAGACGUAUCCUGUUGUUGGAUGGAAAGCCUGGCUCAGGGAAAACUAUUAUUGCGGCGAUUGUGAUUGAGCACCUCAUGGAUCUGAGCCUUCCUUAUCUCCUAGGAACCGACGCUGUUCUAUUCCUGUACUGUCGACACAACGAAACGUGGACGAUUUCACAAUAUUUAGGGUCUCUCAUUGCUCAGCUGUUCACUAAUUACAGAGGAAAUUCGUCAGUUGCACAACAUGUGCUUAACUCGUACGAGAUACAUCAAAUACGACGAAGCCAGCCUUCAGAAACUGAGUUAAUUACCAUACUCUCCAACAUGAUUUUGUCUUUCACCAAUGUUCGCGUUGUCUUGGAUGCUCUGGACGAGUUGCCGGACUGUGCACAGAUUGAGCUCAUGUCGGUUCUCCGGAGACUUCCCGUUUCAUUAUUUUUCACGUCACGAAUCAUUGGCUUGGAGAUUUUUGACCUUCCGAAUGACACCAUACACAUGACUAUUGGGGACCAAAAUCAAGGGGACAUACGGCUCUUUUUGCAUAAAACCAUCCCACGGACAGCCAGUGUUGCCCGGAUAGUUCGACAAAAUGCAGAGUUUUUGGAGGAAAUAUGCGAUAAAAUCUUGGCAAUCUCCAACGGAAUGUUCCUAGUUGCGUCACUCAAGUCACAGUCUCUACAGGGGUACACCACCAUGAACAGCUUAUCAAACAGUCUAGACGAGCUCUCCGACGAUGUACAAUCAAUGUACCUGGCACUCAUGAACAGGAUUAAUUCUCAAAAGGGGGAGUACCCAGCAUUGGCAAAACGCGCCAUUACUUGGAUAGUUUAUGCACGUCGCCCACUGACCGUCUCAGAGCUACAACACGCGCUUGGUAUUCGGGAGGGAAGCAAUUCUUUUAGUAAAAGGGACAUUCCUGUGCAAGAUAUGCUUACCACUUCAUCCUGUGGCAUUAUCGAAAUACAGUCAAGAAGUGGAACUGUGCGUCUCGUCCGUGAGUUACUCCACCUUCUCUGGGUUAUUGAUGCAGGGUCAUUGAAUUAA